AUGGGUUGUGUUCCUUCGAAGAGGGUGCAAUCGGGAGUGAAUGAGGUGAAGAGCCUGAUUGUUAACGAUACCGGGUCUCUUCCAACGACUCCGGUACUGACCUCUCCACUUAAGGCAGCCCAGAAGACUGCGUCUGCGCAGGAACUGAAUGAUGACGCUUUGGAUAAAACGGCUGAACCAUUUCAGCGCACCUCAACGCCCAGGCCUGUGACUGGCCAAACUCAAGGUGAAGACUCGGGUGUGCACGAGCUUUAUGAAGAGUACGCCGAUGUCAUCACCGAGUUUUCAGACCCGGAAAAAGUCCGGGCCGUUGAACUCGACUUCAAUCCCCUGAAAGACAUCGAUUUAGUCGUGGAAGGCAAGCAGUGUCCUCGUCGACUCAGCGGCAAGGACAGGGAUCGCCACGAACAGGAAGUCAUUCUGGAGAAACUGAGGACAGAAGGACUCGUACUGCGACCAGAAAGCAAGGCGUCCGGAGGAGUAGCGUUCGAGCUCGUUUCCGCCAGCGCCGCGUCCGACACCGGAGGUCUGCGGCCGCAGGCGCGACAACUUCCUCCUUUGCUUCAAAAACGGAAGAAGACAACGAAAGGAUCUGUCGAACCUGACUUCACAGAGAGAAGCAUUCGUGACAAGCUAAAGAGGGCCGAAGACCGCAGAAAGAAACAAGAACGAGAGAAAGUGAAGAAAAUACAAGUGUCCAAGGACAAAUCCACGCCACUGAAGCCCGUUGAAGAGACAAAGCUUUUGAAGCAAGCGGUCAGGAUGGCUGCAACUGUGGAAAGCAGAGAGAAGCGACUGGAAGAUAUGGUCCAGAAAUUAAAGGAGAAAGAACUUCAUGCCAACGCAGUACGCCGAAGAAAAUUUCUCCUCAGCGAUCCCCACGUGUCGUCAACCGACGUCUCCUACUGA